AUGAAGCGAAAGCGCAAUGGUGAAGACAGCGCAGAGGCUUGCCCAAGCCCUAGACGACGUGUAAAGGAGGGGCCUUUCCAAGAAAGCAAGUCGGUCCGGGAACGCGCGAGGCCUUACCUGCUCGCCGUCGGGAAGAUGCACGUCGACGUGCUGGAGACGAUGUGGAGCGUCGGCAGGAACCGUCGCGUCGAACCCGGGCAUGUCCAGGAGCUAAAGGACACCUUCAUGAGGGGCGGCCUCGAGCGCAGCGCACCCGAGAACCGCAUUGCCGUCCUCUGUAGUGCCGAAGAGGUCCGUCGGAUCCGGCAGAGAAUAGGGCAAGGCGGCAACAGCGACGGCGACAGCGACGGCGAUCCCAGCGACGGAGAAGCGUCAUUCCUCCACUGGGCCAGCGUGAACAACAGCAAGGCGGAGGUCAUGGCGGGCCAGCACCGGCUCUGCGCCCUCCAGGAGUACGUUAAAGCGACCGGCGCCCCGGAAUCGGACGCCUGGUGGACGUGCGAGCUGUACGACAAAGACCGACUCCCAGCCGAGCUCAAUAUCAAGCUGCGCAUCAACCGCAGGGACCCAAGCCUGCCUGACAACCAUGGGCAGAUCUGGACGCAGCUCGUGUCCAUUGCGUCAGACGCGGCUGAGCCUACAACGCGUAACCAAGCGACUGUCGACCACAAACUCGUAGAGGCCCUGCGUCUCGGCAGCGAGAAGAGCUUCCCCACGCGCAGGCUUGUGACGUUAUGGAACCACAAGCGGUGGAGGACCCUUACCACGCGCUGGUGCCAGACCCGCCUGGGCCUGGAGACCUUCAACAUCUCGACCUUCGAGUGGAUGGCCAGUCUCCGGAUCGACGACUACUGGUUUGCGACGCUCGAGGCGGCGCUGGAGACGCUACAGGCCCUGCCCCUCGACGAGACGCAGGACCUCGGGCAGGACGACUGGAACCGUUUGGCGGCAGCCCUACAGGGCAGCAGCAGCACCGGCGACGGGGCGGCGGACGGCAAGAGACGUACGCAGGAAGCCGUCGAAGCCGUGUUCUACACCGGCGACGGCAGCAACAGGCCCCACCGCCGCGCGGCCGGCCUCCUGGAGACGUUGGACGACGCCGCCUAUCGUAGGGUCUGCCGGGCGACGUGGACGUUGCCCGACCUUGCGUUCGUCGACCUGAAGCGCUUCCUCCGCAGCAAGAGGCCCGAGAUGGAGACGGCGGUCCGGGUGCUGCACCACGUCAUCGGUUGGAUCCACCACGAGAGCGCGGUCGAGCUCGACAACGUGAACCCCAAGUCGAAGAGCAAGCCCCCGCUGGUCCACCACCUGCAGACCGCCCUCGACAGCCUGUACUCGUCCAGAGGGGUCACCGACGGGUGCCCGGGAGACGCAGCGGUCCAGCUCCAGCGGCGCGUCCUAGACCUUGCCCGCCGCAGCGCAGACGCCUUCCAGGCACCAGAGGUGCAGGUCCUCCUCAGGGACAGCAUUACGUCCGUGGACGACGCUGCCUACAGCAAACGCUUCGAGCACGCCGUUUGGGCGCAGCUCCUCCGCAUCGUCCGGCGGAUCACCGAUCCCAGCGACGACACCCGCGUGCUCAGGCCCUGCUGGGAAACGGCGAACGCCUCGGACGCAGGCGUCUACCGCGCGCAGGUGUCGACCCUUGUGACAGCCUUCUGCGCCAAGGUCCUCAGGCUCGGCGGCCAGCCUGUCGGGAAGAACGACGCCGCCCUCCUUGCCCUCCAGAGGAGCGUGGAGAAGGUCCUCGCAGUAUCGGGUACCAAGUCUCGAGCCGCCCCGGCAGGCAAUUCCAUCACAGCCGACGACGAAGCGAGCGAUGUCAACGACAACGACAGCACGCCGCCGGGACGGCCUGAUCUCGCAGACGCCAGACCCCCACCAUCGGCGCAAAAGACACAGGACCGUCAAGCCGUCGGCGGCAACAGCACACGUCUCAGGCGCACCAGGAGUCCUAGCCUCUUCUUGUCGGACGAUGACGGCGACAGGCCUUCGACCUCGCCCCCUCCACGCCGACCAGGCAAUCACCAGCAGCGACAGGCAGUAGCUACGCCACUGACAGCGGCGUCUGCCACAACAGCCGUCACGCCCGUCAAGAGACUAACAGCGCAGUGGAAGAUGGGCCCCCGAGCCGGCAGCGGUGGGCGGCGCUAG